AUGGUAAAAGCCAACUGGGAGGAGUCCUUGGCAUAUCCAAACACAACGCAGAUGCAGCAGCACAAGCUCAACCGCACAAUUGACAGCAGCACAAGCUCAACGCGCGCAAUUGGCAGCAGCACAAGCUCAACCGCACAAUUGACAGCAGCACAAGCUCAACGCGCGCAAUUGACAGCAGCACAAGCUCAAAUGCAGCAUCAAAACACAACGCAAAUUGCAACACCACAAGCUCAAAUGCAGCAUCAAAACACAACGCAAAUUGCAACACCACAAGCUCAAAUGCAGCAUCAAACACAACGCAAAUUGCAACACCACAAGCUCAAAUGCAGCAUCAAACACAACGCAAAUUGCAGCACCACAACGCAAAUUGCAACACCACAAGCUCAAACAGCAUCCAAGCACAACAUCUCUCCUCGACUAUAUCUGAGAAGACAACAUGCUUGA